CAGUCAGAUACGCUGGCAGGCACUGGGCAGGCAACAAGUUCUUUCCCUGUAAGUUGGGUACAAAAAGAUCGGCAUGGGAGCAGCCUCUUUUGGGACAGCUGCUCUGGGAGAACACAGUAGGCAAGGAGCAGGCAGACACUCCUCUAAACAGAGGGUGACUUGUGGGAGGAGUUCAGUUUGCUAAGUAUUACCAUUUGCUGAGAGAAGGUACGCGGUCAAGAAGGAGUUUUAACCUGGAGGAUCCUUAACACAUUCAGCCAGCUGGCGAGCGACAGUGACUCGGCAAGUUCGUCCUGGAAGCAUCUGCUCAAGAGGGUCAGGCAGGAGAAGUGGAAUCACCGUUUCAUGGGGAACCCCUUUGAGGAUGGCCAGCAUGCUUUGCUCAAUGAAGGAGAAGAGAGUGAGAUGGAGAUAUUUGGCUACCGGACUCAGGGCCACCGGAAAGCCCUCUGCCUUGCUGGAUCCAUCUUCUCACUUGGGAUCCUCCCCCUGGUGUUUUACUGGAGACCUGCUUGGCAUGUGUGGGCAAACUGCAUCCCGUGUUCCUUGCAAGAAGCAGAUGUCGUGUUACUGAGGACAACAGAUGAAUUCCAAACUUACUGUUGGAAAAAGGUAAAGUGGAUCUACCUGUCAGCAUUAGACAGCGCGUUUGGUCUCACUCCUGACCACCCUCUCCUUACAGAUGAGGGGUACAUCAUAAAUAGAGCUAUAAGAAAGCCAGACCUAAAGCCUGCUGUGGCUCUUUUGUGCCCCAGGGCCAGGGCUGAGGAGCCCGGAGCCAGCUCCCAUCCCAGCAGCGUGGGCCUCAAUAAGAAUAUAGUGUACAACCAAGAGCAUAUCAUGGAGCAUCUAGAAGGUGUCAUCAAUGAACCAGAGGUGGAAAUGUCCCCACAAGAACUGCAGCUCCACUAUUUCAAAAUGCAUGAUUAUGAUGGCAAUAAUUUGCUUGACAGCCUAGAACUCUCCACAGCCAUCACUCAUGUCCAUGAGGAGAAUGGGAAUGAACAGCCACCACCAGUGAGGGAAGCUGAACUGAUUAACUUAACAGAUGGUGUUUUAAGAGAUGAUGAUAAGAACAAUGAUGGAUACAUCGACUAUGCUGAAUUUGCAAAAAGUCUUUUUUUAUUUUCCGUUCUUCUCUUUCAGCAAUCUGUAAAGCUCCACCGUCUAGUUGAGUCACAUAAUAGCAUUACAGUCUCUGUAUGUGGGAGAAAAGGUGGAGUCCAAGAGCUGGAAUCACGCUUCCUCGUACCUGGAGAUCUAUUAAUUUUGACAGGGAACAAAGUGCAAAUGCCAUGUGAUGCCAUCCUGAUUGAUGGCAGCUGUGUGGUAGAUGAGGGCAUGCUGACAGGAGAAAGUAUUCCAGUCACUAAAACUCCAUUACUCAAGACGGAUAGCUCGGUGUCCUGGAAAACACAGAGUGAAGCAGAUUACAAACGGCAUGUCCUCUUCUGUGGAACAGAGGUCGUCCAGGCCAAGGGCGCUUGCUCUGGGACCGUGAGAGCAGUGGUACUGCAAACUGGAUUCAACACUGCAAAGGGGGAACUCGUGAGAUCCAUUCUCUAUCCCAAGCCGAUGAAUUUUAAGCUCUACAGAGAUGCUGUCAGGUUCCUUCUGUGCCUCGUAGGAACAGCCACCAUUGGGAUGAUCUAUACGCUGUGUGUCUAUGUGCUCAGUGGGGAACCUCCCAAGGAGGUGGUGAAGAAAGCCCUUGAUGUCAUCACAAUUGCCGUUCCUCCUGCUCUACCUGCUGCUCUGACCACAGGCAUUAUUUAUGCCCAGAGGAGGCUGAAGAAGAGAGGCAUCUUUUGCAUCAGCCCCCAGAGGAUCAAUGUAUGCGGACAAUUAAACCUUAUCUGCUUUGACAAGACAGGCACCUUAACCAGGGAUGGCCUGGAUCUUUGGGGAGUCGUGCCCUGCGAUAGGAACGGCUUCCAGGAUGUCCACAGCUUUGCCUCGGCUGGGACUUUGCCAUGGGGCCCUCUGUGUGCAGCCAUGGCCAGCUGCCACUCUCUGAUUCUUCUCGAUGGGACCAUCCAGGGAGACCCCUUGGAUCUCAAAAUGUUUGAAGCCACUACGUGGGAAAUGGCUAUUUCUGGAGAUGAUUUCCACAUCAAGGGAGUGCCAGCACAUGCCAUGGUAGUUAAGCCCUGCAGAACAUCCAGCCAGGUCCCUGUGGAAGGAAUUGCAAUCCUGCAUCAGUUCCCAUUCUCAUCAGCACUACAGAGGAUGACAGUCAUUGUCCAAGAGAUGGGGGGUGACCGGCUGGCAUUCAUGAAAGGUGCACCAGAGAGGGUGGCCAGCUUUUGCCAACCUGAGACAGUACCAACUAGUUUUGUCAGUGAACUUCAGAUUUAUACAACACAAGGUUUCCGGGUCAUAGCACUAGCCUACAAAAAGUUGGAAAUGAAUCAUCACACCACUGCCUUGACAAGGGACAAAGUAGAAUCAGACCUGAUAUUUCUGGGAUUGCUGAUCUUGGAGAAUCGGCUAAAGGAAGAGACAAAACCUGUCCUGGAAGAGCUCAUCUCAGCCCGGAUAAGGACUGUAAUGGUCACAGGGGACAAUCUUCAGACUGCAAUAACAGUGGCCAGAAAGUCUGGAAUGGUUUCUGAAAGUCAGAAAGUCAUUCUCAUUGAUGCUAAUGAAACUACAGGGUCUGCAUCAGCAUCUAUAUCUUGGAAAUUACUAGAAGACAAGAAGCACAUUCCAUAUGGGAAUCAGAACACUUACAUUAAUAUGAGGGAAGAAAUCUCUGAUAAAGGCAGAGGAGGAAGUUACCAUUUUGCCCUAAGUGGAAAAUCCUUUCAGGUUAUAAGUCAACAUUUCAGCAACCUACUGCCAAAGAUACUGAUCAAUGGGACCAUCUUUGCAAGAAUGUCUCCUGGCCAGAAAUCCAGUCUAGUAGAAGAAUUUCAGAAACUGGAUUACUUUGUAGGUAUGUGUGGUGACGGAGCCAAUGACUGUGGGGCUUUGAAAAUGGCUCAUGUGGGCAUCUCUUUAUCAGAGCAGGAAGCAUCUGUGGCCUCGCCUUUCACUUCCAAAACUCCAAACAUUGAGUGUGUACCUCACCUGAUCAAGGAAGGACGUGCUGCGCUCGUUACCUCAUUUUGCAUGUUUAAGUACAUGGCUCUGUACAGCAUGAUUCAGUAUGUUGGUGUUCUGCUGCUCUACUGGGAGACAAACAGCCUUUCAAAUUACCAGUUUCUGUUCCAGGAUCUGGCCAUUACCACUCUGAUUGGUGUAACAAUGAACUUGAAUGGUGCCUACCCCAAGCUGGUGCCUUUCAGACCUGCAGGACGGCUGAUCUCCCCACCUCUACUGCUCUCUGUGAUUUUCAACAUUCUUCUCAGCCUGGCCAUGCACAUUGUGGGCUUUAUUCUGGUUCAGAGGCAGCCUUGGUAUCCCAUGGACAUGCACAGUGUCUGCACAGUGAAAAAUGAAAGCAGCUCACAGUUAACCAUUUCUUCUACUGCUCCAGAAAAAAAUGGAAGUAAUGGUUCCUUCACAAGUUUCGAGAACACAACUAUAUGGUUCUUGGGAACAAUCAACUGUAUUAUUGUGGCUCUUACCUUCUCUAAAGGAAAACCAUUUAGGCAGCCCAUCUAUACAAACUAUAUAUUUGUUGUUCUGCUGAUUAUACAGCUGGGUGUGUGUCUAUUCGUUCUAUUUGCUGAUAUUCCAGAAUUAUAUAGACGUUUGGAUCUGCUCUGCACUCCUGUUCAGUGGAGGGUCUACAUUGUCAUUAUGCUUGGCACCAAUUUUAUUGUGUCCUUUGUUGUGGAGGAGGCCAUUAUUGAAAACCGAGCCCUGUGGAUGAUAAUCAAAAGGCGUUUUGGCUAUCAAUCAAAAAGCCAGUAUCGGAUAUGGCAGAGGGCCUUGGCAAAUGAGCCCAGUUGGCCUCCACUAAGCCAGACCUCCUACUCUGACAUGCCCGAGUGUGGCACGGGAGAGUCUUACAGCAACCCGGUGUUUGAGAGCAAUGAGGAGCAUCUCUGAAGGCAAUGUGAUAUCCGAGUGGAUAAAACACAGAAACAACGGCAAAGAGGAUCAGUUUGGGUGAUUUUUAAGCAGUGAGAUUCUUAUAAUAUCAGCUGGAAGUUUUGAAAUCAAAAACCUAUCCAAUCAUGGUGACAAAUUAAAGUCUGUUGAUAAAAUACUUUCUACAAAGCAGAACACUGCUCCAGAAGAGUGCUUUCCUCUUGGCUUCUGAAAGUAUUAGGUGCAUUCAUGACUCAAGAAUUGGCCAACAGUGGCAAUAGGCCAAGAGAUUGACAGGCUUCAAGAGAAGAAUAGGUCAUCUUUCUUCUUAGAUAAUAUAUUUUUUAAGUGAGUUGAGGUAAAGUAGCACUAUGUAUAGUCAUAGAAUUGCAACACGUUAAAGAUCAUUGCUGAAUUCAUAUUUUAUUGAUGAAAAAAAAAUGCAUGGGGACCAUCA